ACCUGGACCUUUUUCUCAAUAAGCGCCUCCAUAGUCGGCAGAAAUUCCCACAUGAAAUUCCCCAUUUUCUCGGCAUCCAAGCAGCCACACAGCUUAAAGAUUUGGACAAAAACAAAGCAGCCGCACAGCUCAAAUUCCCGAUCCUAAUCCCACAGAAAUAGACCCUACUGCCGCCGCCAUGGACGGGACUAGGCACAGGAAUCUGAGCCUCAACGGGAUAAACGUCCACGUGGCGGAAUUCGGUCCAGCCGACGGCCCCGUCGUCCUCUUCGUCCACGGGUUCCCGGAGCUCUGGUACUGCUGGCGCCACCAGAUGACCGCCGUGGCUUCCCACGGGUACCGCGCGGUGGCGCCCGAUCUACGAGGCUUCGGCGAAACGGAAGCGCCGGCCGAUCCCGGGAGCUACACGGUGUUCCACAUCGUCGGCGACCUCGUGGCGCUGAUCGACGCGGUGGCUCCGGGGCAGAAGGUUUUCGUGGUCGCCCACGAUUGGGGAGCUUCCAUGGCUUGGUAUCUGUGCUUGUUCAGGCCCGAUAAGGUGAAAGCGCUGGUCAAUAUGAGUGUUCCGUUCAGUCCCCGGAACCCUAAUCGAAAACCCCUUUCGUCGUUGAAGGCUUACUUGGGCGAUGAAUACUACAUGUGCAGGUUUCAGGAGCCAGGGGUGAUAGAGGCAGAAUUUGCAGAGCUAGAUACAGAGAGCAUUAUGAAGAAGUUCUUAGCUUACCACACCCCAGCUCCCCUUUACAUGCCCAAGGGCAAGCUAUUCGGCCACUGGCCCGACACACCAAUCGCCCUGCCACCUUGGCUGUUGGAGGCAGAUCUCCAGUACUACACGGACAAGUUCAAGAAGACGGGCUUCACAGGAGGACUGAACUAUUAUCGAAACAUCGACCGGAACUGGGAACUGACUGCACCAUGGCAAGGAGACCAAGUGAAAGUACCGGUGAAGUUCAUCGUCGGAGAUCAGGACCUUACCUACAACACUGGAAAUGCCAGGGACUACAUUAGCAAAGGGGGUUUCAAGAGGGACGUUCCGUUUCUGCAGGAAGUAGUUGUGAUGCCAGGCGUCGGCCAUUUCCUCCAAGAAGAACGGGCCGCCGAGAUCAGCUGCCACAUCGUCGAGUUCAUUCGCAAGUUCUGAUUCUUCGGUCAGUGAUCUGAACUGUAUGCUUGUUGUAUGUACUGCCAGAAAGAUGUUCAUGAGUGUGGUUGCAAACUUGUUGGCCAGUCAAUGCCUCAAAUAGGGAAAGCGUCUGUAACUUGGCGGAUACAGAGUGACGUGUCUUUACUUGCAAGCAAAGUAGGCAUAUAUAAAUAAAUAAAGAUCCAUGUGUUCACAGAUAUAGCUCGUCUAUUCCCUUUUGUCUUCCUCGCUGAUGGGAACCCUGCGCUGCAGGUUUUCGUGUAAAUGAGUGGCUCAUAAUUAUGAACAAAGUUUCUUAACCACAUAAUAUGAUGAAUGUAGUUUUCGUAACCUUAUAUUCCGGUUGCAAAGUCAUUUGAAUUGCCCGAUUAAAACCUGUCACGAACU